GCGCGUGUGCGCGCGCGCGGACCGGGAUCUGAGAUUUUUGGGUGGUGGCUGUUUGUUUUACUGGAACAGCGGCAGCGGUAAAUGCUCUGGAAUGCGUUCGCCCAGCUAACUUUAUUCAGUCGGGUUUGAGCGGAAUUUCACAUUUCCUUUCGACUUCUGUCGACUCUUCUUUCGCGCGUGUUGAAUUUCGAGGACUGGAUACCUCGGUCGGAGCAGCUUUUAUCGAUUCGUUCACAGAGAGAGCUAACGGGGAUAGCGUGCUAAGUGAACACCGAUGCAGGCCAUAAAGUGUGUGGUGGUCGGGGACGGGGCUGUGGGAAAAACAUGCCUUCUGAUCAGCUACACCACCAAUGCUUUUCCCGGGGAAUACAUCCCCACCGUAUUUGAUAAUUAUUCUGCUAAUGUGAUGGUCGAUGGAAAGCCGGUGAACCUGGGACUGUGGGAUACAGCAGGGCAAGAGGAUUACGACAGGCUUCGGCCGCUCUCCUACCCUCAGACGGACGUGUUCUUGAUUUGCUUCUCUCUCGUGAGUCCAGCUUCAUUCGAGAACGUCCGUGCGAAGUGGUAUCCGGAGGUCAGACAUCAUUGUCCUAACACCCCGAUAAUUCUGGUUGGGACUAAGCUUGACCUGAGAGACGACAAGGACACUAUAGAAAAGUUGAAAGAGAAGAAACUCACACCCAUCACCUACCCUCAAGGGCUUGCUAUGGCCAAAGAAAUAGGAGCUGUGAAGUACCUGGAAUGCUCAGCCUUAACGCAACGCGGCCUUAAGACGGUGUUCGAUGAAGCCAUCCGUGCGGUCCUGUGUCCGCCGCCAGUCAAGAAAGGGAAGAGGAGGUGUUUUGUCCUCUGAACUGACUGUACUCACACGCACCAGCUGCAAUUUGAGCUCACCUGAGAGGGAAACAGUGGAGGCGGGGAUGAUGGGAAAUGGGUCUCGGGGAUGAAGAAAGAGUCUGCACAGUAUAUGUGUACAGAUAUUUCUCCCUCUUGCGUUGUAUUUAGAAUUGCGCCACUAACUAGCUGUUAAGAUGCCAGAUUAUUUGUUUCCGAGAUAUGAGUGGCAUCCAUAGUUGUUCUCCUUCCCGUACACUAAGGAAUUCCUGCUGCCUUCUAAUGAUCUCCUUUAUUUCCCCCUCAUUUUGAUGAACUAAAUACUCCUAUACUCUAUGUGAGCCCAUAUGUUUUGUUUACAAUCUGCGUUUUUGUAGAAAAUGAAUUAUUGCCAAACGUUAAACCCACACGGAUUUCAGUUUGCUCACACUAACGGUCUAAUUUUUCCUAAUGGGCGGGGGGGGGUGUUAAUCACGCAUACUUGUAAGAGACAGAGAUUGCAGUAAUAUCGAAGGAACUAUUUUUCAAGAGGACAGCUGAAGUAAACACUUUAUUUUUUUGGUUCCUGUGUUAAUGUUUUCAUGCUAGAGAGUUUAUUUUGUUUGACUGUAUAAGAAACAAACUUGGUUACAAUGCAUAUAACGGCUUUUUGUCAGCAUACAGCAUAUUUUCACUACUGUAUCUGAAUAUUCAGAAGGACAGAUCUCGUUUAAUCUCUCUGUAUUUUAGUCAGUCUUUUGGAGGAGUCUGACAGUGUUUUAUCCAUUUUACUGUCCCAGUAUUGUAUUUAGACUACAGAUCUACCAGUGCCUAGUAUCAGACCAGGGUUUCAUUGCAACUGAGCGUGUCAGAAGUUUCUGUACUGUAGACUCCACAACACUAUGGCAUGGGGUUCAUAUUCUUGAAAGAUCCCCUUAAAGACUGUUAUAUACGUAUAAACAGUUUGUUGUAAUGGUACAUUAAGUAUUAUACUUAUAAUUGGACAUGGUUCAAGACAAAACGGUUGGAAUUUGCCACAUGGAAUGUUUAAUUUUGACAGAUCUGUAACUUUUUAAAACGCUUUAUUCAUGCUUUUGUCUCCACUAAAGCUACAGUGCAUUAACCUUUAUGUCUGAAAAUAGAAACCAAAUAUAAACACA